UUUUCCCCAUCCCCUCCUAUUAUUCUUAUUCUUUUGAGUAUUCUUCAUUGUCAAGCCGCCAAAGUGGAGAGUGUGAUUGCAGAAGGGGGUGCUUCUCGUUUCAGUGCUUCUUCGGGGGGAGGAGGUGGUAGGGGUGCACCUCAGCACUAUCCCAAGACUGUCGGCAACAGCACUAGACGAGAUGUCAACUCCAGCAAUGAAAAAGAGCGACACGAUGCAAUCUUCAGGAAAGUGAGGGGCAUACUCAAUAAACUCACGCCUGAGAAGUUUGACAAGCUAUGCCUUGAGCUCCUGAAUGUGGGCGUUGAUUCAAAACUCGUCCUUAAAGGAAUCAUCUUGCUGAUUGUGGACAAAGCCCUAGAAGAGCCGAAGUAUAGCUCGCUCUAUGCUCAGCUAUGUCUGCGCUUGGCAGAGGACGCACCAAACUUUGAUGGCCCUUCAACUGAGAUCCAAACAUCCCAAAAGCAGAGCACUACCUUCAGAAGACUGCUGAUUUCCAAGCUUCAAGAUGAAUUUGAAAACCGCGCCAGAAAUGUUGAAAUCUAUGACAAACAUGACAACCCUCUUACUUCUGAGGAGGAGGAGCAGCGUGCCAUCGCCAAGAUCAAGAUGCUUGGCAACAUUAAAUUCAUCGGGGAACUUGGCAAACUCGACCUCAUCCAUGAAUCUAUCCUUCAUAAGUGCAUCAAAACACUUCUGGAAAAGAAGAAGAGAGUCCAGCUCAAGGAUAUGGGGGAAGAUCUGGAGUGCCUCUGUCAGAUAAUGAGAACAGUGGGGCCGAGACUCGACCAUGAGAAAGCAAAGUCUUUAAUGGAUCAGUACUUUGGCCGUAUGCGAUCCUUAAUGAACAACAAGGACUUGCCCGCUAGGAUCCGCUUCCUGCUGCAAGACACCGUGGAACUGCGAGAAAACAACUGGGUCCCCCGUAAGGCUUUCAUCGACAACGGACCAAAGACGAUUAACCAGAUUCGUCAGGAAGCAGUGAAAGAUUUGGGUGUUUUCAUCCCAGCACCCAUGUCUCAGGGGAUGAGAAUGGACUUCUUCCUGGAAAGCCCCUUCAUGCCCAACAGAAUGAAACUGGACAGAGAGACUCUUGGGGGAUUGGCCGACAUGUUUGGACAGAUGCCAGGUAGUGGGAUCGGAACUGGCCCGGGGGUUAUUCAGGAUAGGUACUCGCCCACUAUGGGACGACAUCGCACCAACCCGCUCUUCAACGGCCACGGAGGCCACAUCGCCCCUCCACCGCAGUCCCAGUUUGACAUGGGCCCCAAGUCUUUUGUCAAGUCCAACCAGGUUCAGAACCAGCAUUUCCUCAACCAGAACCAGAACCACAUGGCCCAGCAGCAGGUACAGUCCAAGGACAUGCCUCCACGAUUCAGCAAGAAAGGACAGCUCAAUGCAGAUGAGGUAUCCAUUACUACUCAGAUCAGCCUGAGACCUGCGCAGUCAUUCCUACUCAACAAGAACCAGGUCCCGAAGCUCCAGCCCCAGAUCCCCAACAUGAUGCCUCCCAGCGCCCAGCCCCCACGCACUCAAACCCCUCCUCUGGGACAGCCUCCACAGCUUGGCCUGAAGACCAACCCUCCGCCUAUCCAAGAGAAACCUCAGAAGAUAAACAAGAAACCACCUCCUGCCAGGGAAGAACUUAUUAAGAUGACGGAAACGGUCAUGACUGAUUACUUUAACAGUAAGAACCUGACCGAGGCUGUGAGCGGCGUGCGAGAGAUGAGGGCUCCCAAGCAUUUCCUGCCCGAGAUGCUGAGUAAGAUCAUUGUGUGCUCCCUGGAUCGUCCCGAUGAGGACAAGGAGCACGCCAGCACCCUGAUCCACACGCUUCGCACCGAGGGCCUCAUCACUGGAGAGAACUUCAUGCAGGCCUUCCUCACCGUCCUGGACCAGUGCCCUAAGAUCGAGUUGGACGUGCCCCUGGUGAAAUCCUACCUGGCCCAGUUUGCGGCGCGGUCCAUCAUCGCGGAGCUGGUGAGCGUGGCGGAGCUGGCUCACCCGUUGGAGAACGGCACCCAUUUCCCCCUCUUCCUGCUCUGCCUGCAACAGACGGCCAAACUGAAGGACCGGGAGUGGCUCACUGACCUCUUCCAGCUGAGCAAAGUCAACAUGCAGAAGAUGCUACCAGAAAUUGAUCAGAACAAGGACCGCAUGCUGGAGAUCUUGGAAGGGAAGGGCCUGAGCUUCCUGUUCCCGCUGCUUAAGCUAGAGAAGGAGCUGCUGAAGCAGAUAAAGGCGGAUCCCUCUCCACAGUCCAUCUACAAGUGGAUUAAAGACAACAUCUCUCCCAAACUCCACACCGAUAAAGGCUUUGUCAACAUCCUCAUGACCAGUUUCCUCCAGUACAUCGCUCAGGAGCUGUGCAUUGUGGAGAGCGACGACCAGCUGGCAGCCCCCUCCAAAGAACAGCUGGAGCAGGAGAAACAGUUACUUCUGGCCUUCAAGCCAGUCAUGCAGAAGUUCCUGCACGACCACACCGAGCUGCAGGUCAGCGCCCUGUACGCCCUGCAGGUGCACUGCAACGCCAGUGGGUUCCCAAAAGGCAUGCUGCUGCGCUUCUAUGUCAACUUCUACGACAUGGAGAUCAUCGAAGAAGAAGCCUUCCUUGCAUGGAAAGAAGAUAUUACUCAAGAAUUCCCUGGAAAAGGAAAAGCUUUAUUCCAGGUCAACCAGUGGCUCACCUGGCUGGAGACUGCAGAGGAAGAAGAGUCUGAGGACGACGCAGACUGAGAAAACCGAAGCAGAAGCAUCAUGUGGUGUAGAAGACCGACUUAAUCUUGUUAUUACACUCGCCUUUCCUUUUUAUUAAACUCCAUGCUUAAGUUAACCACUAUCAUGUGGCACUCAGCUGCUUCUGUCUCGCAAAUAUAAACCGAAAGCUUGUACCUGUAGGGCCUCAUGUGUUACCACCAGUACCGUGACAAUAGGCUGAGGAAGCAUCAUUUGAUCUGUUGCCUAAUGGAUGUUUGAUUUUUUGGGGUCUGUGUCCUGAUCGGCUACAUGCAUUGUGAAAUCUGGAGUGGCUCAACCAUGUGUUUUUUUGUCCUUCUUCUUUUCUUUGCUCUGACUGUUAGGUUUGUAACAUUUUUUUUCUCCCCACUUGUAUUGCAUGUUUUUCAUUUCCACUAAAUUUUUUACUGAUUUGACCUUUUACCCCCCCACCCCACAUAGUAAACAGCUUUAUUUAAAAAUGUGUAGGAUUUCCCCCUCCUCUCAAUAAGUCAAAUUAAUAGUGAUCUUUGCUAAUGCUAGUUUAAAAAAUAAAAAAAAGCAUAGGACCGUUAACUAAAGGUCUCGUCAGCGAUCUGCUUUGUGAACUUCGUUUAGGGCCAAGCGGAGAAUCUUUAGAUGCUUAACAUCCGCUUGGAUUCUCUUCAUAAUACUCGGAAACUGUAAGAAAAGGGGGUUAAAAAUUAGCUGAAAGGUUGCAGACUGAUCAAUGCAUU